AUGGAGGAGUCGGGGGAGUCCAGACCCAGCAUGCCCUGCAACAACUCGUCGGUGAGCUGUGGGGCGCUGGGAAAGCAGGGGAGACGGAGCUGCCUUCCUCCUGGAGUGCCAUCAGAGGCGGUGGGCCCGGCAGGAGAGGCUCUGAGGGCCACACUGAGGGCUCGGAGGACGCGGAGGCGCCGACAGGCCUGGUGCCGUCAUGCUGCACAUGCAGCCUGCAUGGCCCCACUGGACAUCCGGCCCCAGCGAGCCUGGCUCUGCAGGUGUUUUGGGGCCUGGCAGCAAUUUGUGCAAAGAGGAGCCCUGCACCGGGACCACCUGGCUGACCACUGGGCAGGGACCCUGAAGAUAUGCCUGCAACAGUGGGUGCGGACGAAGCAGCUCCGGCCCUCAAAUGGGGCAAAGGAGACCCAGCUGUCCCUCCCCUGGCAGAAGGAAGGGAAUGUGGCCACCUGCAGCUCAGUUCCUGGAGGGCCACAGCCCAGGCCCAGCUGCUGCCAGGGGAACAAGGCCUCCGGGCACUGCUGCUCUGGAGGACACCGAUGCACCCGUGGGCUGAGUAGGUGGCCGUGAGCAUGUGACCUGGGGUUAGGCCUGUAGGCGUGGGAGCACAGGGUGCACUGGGAGGGGUGUCCUGUAGGCGUGGGGGCACAGGGUGCACGGGAGGGGUGUCCCAUAGGCAGUGGGUCAUGCCCUGCUCCUCCGUGUGGCCCCAGCAGGUAUGGGGCCAGGGGAUGGUGCAGGGGCACUGCGACAGUGAUUGAGCAGAGAGCCGUGGGAGCCGUGGGCGGCCGGGGCCCAGACACAGAGCUCUACCCAAAUGGCUGGAACCAUCAGGAGGCUGGUUUCAUGCUCAUCUCCCUCCCGGGAAUCUGGAACCACCGCUUGCCCAUCUCCUCCCUGGGUGGGAGCCUCCUGGUGGCAGGAACCAUGUCUCCCAGCCCCUUGCAGGUAGGUGCCUGGAAUGGCACAGGCUUGGGGUAGAUACUAUAAAUGAAGAAGUGAAGGAGUCACUUAUCCCUCUGUCCCCAUCUGCCUCACUAUACAGCUAGAGAAACUGAGGCUCAGAGGGACUGAGCAGCUUGCUCUAAAUCACACUCUGAAUCAGGAGCAAGAAGAUCCCCGUAAUGAGAGCUUCCUGGUGUUUCUUUCACACAAGCCUCAUCGCUGGGAUUCAGAGCCAGGCCCAAGGCUGUGGGCGAGGGGAGGGGCCGGUGAGGGAUGUCAAGAGGCAUAGGCAGGGUUAAGAAUUCUGUCCUUGAAAGCCACAUACUUGCAUCCAUCAUCCCACACCCACCUGGUCCACUUGGACCCUCAGUCUCUUUAAUCGCACCCCUGGAACUCCAGGGAAAGUCAGUUCACCAGGAUCCUUCAGAACGCAGCCGUCGCACUCCCGGUUCAUCCUCUGGCCUUUGGGCAUCGGAACACAGUUGAUUCUUCGUUGCAGCAAGCCCGGGCUGCCCUAGGGACGGAAAGGACUGUUUGGAUCCCAGGUCUUCUACUGUUUGGAGUUCUGCCAGAUAUCAGCCUAUAAUUAUAACUGAGCAGAAGCAGAAGAA